AUGGGAGGCGCGGCAAUGAAACCGUGCCGCUGUGCCUUUUGCCACUCUUCGAAGCUGCCGGUGGAACCUCAGUCGCUCUUUACUUCCCACUUUCAUUUUCCUCCCUCAUCUUUAAAGUUCACACGUUUAGGCAAACGCUAUGGCCACGCUAAGGGCACUGAGGAAGUUCUUUCAAAAUUCUCAGCAGCAAGUGUGCAGCUUUCAUUCGUCUGUGUCGAGGCAAGAAGCGGUGGUUAUAUCAGGGAGGAAGCUGGCACGGCAGAUCCGGGAGGAGGCGCGGGCUGAUGUGGAGCAGUGGGUCAAUGCUGGAAAUCGACGGCCCCACCUGAGCGUGAUCCUGGUGGGAGAGAACCCAGCUAGCCACUCCUACGUCCUGAACAAAACCCGUGCAGCUGCUGACGUUGGCAUCAGCAGUGAAACCAUUCUAAAGCCAUCCUCUAUAUGUGAGGAUGAGCUUUUGGAACUGAUCCACAAACUCAAUACUGACCACAGAGUAGAUGGAGUCCUAGUCCAGCUGCCACUGCCAGAACACAUAGAUGAGCGCCGUGUGUGCAAUGUUGUGUCCCCUGAGAAGGAUGUUGAUGGUUUCCACGUGGUCAACGUUGGUCGUAUGUGCUUGGACCAGUCCAGCAUGCUUCCAGCCACUCCCUGGGGUGUCUGGGAAAUCAUUAAGCGUACAGGUAUCCCCACCAUAGGUAAAAAUGUGGUUGUGGCAGGGCGCUCCAAGAACGUUGGCAUGCCCAUCGCCAUGCUUCUACAUACAGAUGGUCGACAUGAAAGACCUGGAGGUGAUGCCACGGUCACCAUCUCACACCGUUACACUCCCAAGGAACAGCUCCGCCAACACACCAAGAUCGCAGACAUCGUUGUGGCAGCUGCUGGGAUUCCCAACCUCAUUACAGCCGAUAUGAUCAAGGAAGGGGCAGCUGUCAUUGACGUGGGAAUCAAUAGAGUGCAUGACCCUGUGACUGGCAAAGAAAGACUAGUGGGGGACGUUGACUUUGAAGGAGUACGCCAGAAGGCCAGCUUUAUUACUCCUGUCCCUGGGGGUGUGGGACCCAUGACUGUGGCCAUGCUCAUGAAGAACACCAUCAAGGCAGCAAAAAACAUCCUCCUGACACCUCCGGAGCAGAUCCACAUGGUAGCUUCUUCCUAACGCUGUCUGCCCUGCUUAGCACCACAUUCCAGUCCUUUAUAUUCUGAGCUGCUUGCGAACCCCCUCACACAGAGGUUGUUCCAACUAGUUCCAAGUGUCUGCAGUCCCUUCUGUGUUACUUUGCAAGUCUGUUACAGCUUGCUGAUCUAGUUGGAUACUCGCUUAUUAUUUAACCCUUUUCCCUUUUGAUGAGCUUCAGGGGGCUGAUGUAAAUUGGAACUUUUAUUUUUGAAUGCUUGAAUAUUUAAUGCAUAAGUGGAGGAAGUGGCCAAUUGCAACGUCAUAGGCAAUGACCUCUAAAGUGCUCAGUUUUGGACAAUUGCACCAUGGGCUGGACAGCCGUUUUGUGCUGGUGAUUCUUAGCAUGAUGCGUACUGGCCAUUCAACCCUCUACACUAAUCCUUUACAUUGAUAAAUAUGGUCCUGUCAUUUUAUGCAGGUAGCAAACUAGUAGCUGUGAUUCUCACCUCCAGUGGGUUUUGAAAGCCUGCCCACUUGUGUCCAGUAUCAGCUUCCAUUAUCUGCAGGCAUCAUUUUGUCUCCAUGGAAAAAGUUUUUACCAUUAAGAUGUUUAUAUUUCUGUAAACAAUACAUGCUUUGUUUACAGGUUUGAAGCUUUUGUACAUUCAAAAGUUAAG